AGCGCCGCCAGACGGACCCGGCACCCCGCCCGCAAGCAUGCGACUGGGAUUGGCCGUGUCUCCACUGACGCCUGGUGUCCGAACACAGGAGUGGAGCACCAUGAAGGGCCUGGUGAUCCUGGUGCUGUGUCUGAUGAUUGAUGGAGGACUGGGAGGCUUCUCGAAGGCAAGGACGAGUAAGAGCUACCUUAAAAACCACCUACUGACCUCGAAGGGCGAAGGGCGAGGGACAAACAGCAUCACCCAUGCUUCUCACAGCUCCAUUCCACUGCCCGGAAAUGAUGAGGAGGAUGUAGACGACGAUGAUGAUUACAUUGACGAUGACAUCUACAAAGUGGACUCUACGGGGUGUCCGGUGCCGUUUGGGGGCCGGUGCCGCUGCGCCAUGGCUAUGUACCAGAAGGCGGAGAAGUAUGUGGUCAACUGCACCAACACGGGAUUCACCAACGUGUCUGUGUUGAAUGCGCUUCCCGACAACACCGAGGUGCUUAUCUUCACUGGAAACUUCCUGGACAUUCUGCCGCCCAACCUGUUUGGAACAGAGUGGAACUUUGAGGACAUGGAAACCAUCGACAUGAGCAAUAACGGCAUCAAGGAAAUCGAUGGGCAGGCGUUUCACCGGGUCUCCUUCGUGAAGACGCUGAUCCUGAACCACAACAGUCUGUACAUCGUCGACAGCAAGCACCACCCGCGCGUCUUCAGCAACCUUAUCAGCUUGGAGUCGCUGCAUCUGACCAACGCCUUCACAGAGAAUGUUGACUCCGACUGGUACAUGUCCAGCCUGGAGAUCAUCUUCAAGACCAGCAUGCUAACCCGGCUGAAGAAGCUGCACCUCGAGCAGAACGAGCUCCGGGGUGUGCGUGACCCCAAGAUCUUCUGCACUCUGCCGUCCCUGGAGCAUCUCUACCUGGGCAGCAACCGGUUGACUGACAUCGACCUGGACCUGCUCUGCCUGCAGCGGCUUGCGUACGUGGACCUCGAGUACAACUCGAUCCUUCGACUUGAUUCCAACGCCACGGCGCUGCUGGACAAGCUGACAGCGCGCAACGCCAACUUCGCUGUCAAGCUCGUCGGCAACCCGUUCUUCUGCGAUUGCAAAAUUAAGCCGUUCUACCGCUGGCUGCUGAUGACGGAGACGCGCGCGCUGUACCACGAGAGCUACCGCUGCUUCGACGGCAAGCCCGCCUCCAACAGGGACGUGCCGGUGAUGCAGCUGAAGCACAUGGAGUGUGAUCGUGCGUCGCCGGCUCCCGUGGCGCGCACGUCCUCCGCUUCGUUGGUGCUCGGCGUGCUCGUCUUCGCCAUGUGCGUGCUGCUCUCGGUGGUCAUCUACAUGCAGCGGCACCGGCUGGUGCGCCGGGCCAAGAGCAUCCAGCCGCAGCUGCAGACGGCGAUCCAGAACGUGAAGCGCGCACGCCAGUACACCAACAUCGAGCGCGACGAGGAGGCGCCUGAGGUGUCGGUGUGAGUCGGGGCGGGGCGGCGGGCCGGAGCACGUCGCGGCCAUCCCGGCGGCCCACGAGGAGCCGAAAGAGGCCCGUCCAGCGCGAUCCGGCUCUCGGACCGGGGCCGAGUGAGGCAUGACCAACGAGGCGAGGGCAUUGCGGGCCGCGCCGCAGCCUGCCUCAGUGAUGAGGCCGGUCCGGUUCCUCCCUCACCGCGCGGGUGCGCGUCGCACGUGGACUACGGACGCGCGGUUACAGCGAAGGCGAUGGUGAACAGUCGGCAGCUUGGAUGUCCUGAGGGCCGGGUGGAGCACCAGCUGCUGUGCCGUGCUGCAUGGCGGCGCCUGGCCUGCGCCUGGUGACGACAGACCGGGAUGUGACGCGGUGUGAGCGUCGGUCAGAUCGGGCGUCGGUCGCUUCAGUGGGCCAUUCACUCCGUCUCUUACUCCGUCCGGGCGGUCUCUUCACUCCGUCCUGGCUGUGCGGCGCUCGCUCGGACGCACCCGAACACGCCGAACCAGGAGCGCGGGCGCAUGUCCGCCGAGGUUGUCGUUUGCGUUCGUCCUGUAGUGUUGCGUCGGUCGUGGUGGCGUUUUUAGUUAACGACAUCGUUUAGGUCACGACGCAUGCUCCAGACCGCUCCACGGAUGCGGCCCAAGAUCGCAGCGUCUGAUCACCUGUAUAUCCAUGUAUAGUCUACCCCAGCCCGUGCUAUGUCCACACCUAAAUGUUUUCCGCGGCAGCCGACACGAGGCCUGGCAGUUCCCUCAUUUAACACAUUUCGUAUUCAAUGUCGAGCCGUACAUGUGUGCAAUGCCGGUCGGCCUGCUCUUCAAGAUGAGGCACGUGCCUUGCCAGUCACUCUAUCGAGCUUCCAAGUGGGCUGCUGGGCGGCGGCGGCCUCCAGGGGCGACCAGCCGCAGGGCGCCCGUCAGCCGUCGGAUGUGUGCGUCACUGGAAUGGCCGCGCACGGGAGAUAGUGCGCGAUACCCUAACAGAAGAGCAUGGCUGAGUCUUGGGAUGCCACGGCUGCAUGAGAGUGAUGAUACUUUCGCCCAGUGCAUGUAUACGGUGCGGUGUUAAGCGUAGCCCAAGAACUGUGGGGGGUAAAUGUGAAUGCUGUGGAUCUGGAACGCGUCGCACAUACCCCGGUCACAGGAGCUGAUCGCGACUUUAAGCGUAUGAAAUGCCUGUCAUAUAGCUCCCAUUGUGCUUUGGCUAUGAUACACUAUGGAGUGAAACAUGGUGCCGUCCUUGUGCUUUACAUGCCUUGUAUAGGACAUUAUUUCGUAAUUUCAUACAUUGUUAACAUUUGCAUAGGGUGUAACUGUGCACGUGGUAAAGUUUAAUAAAUUAACACCGCCACUUGA